AUGAGGAAUCCCCCACAGAAAGCCCCAAAAGGAAGAAUACCUCCACCGCCUCCUCCCGUAGUCCUUCCUAGAACUCCACGUAACCACCCAGUUCAGGUGAUGCCGCCACCUCCUCCUCCUCCCAUGGAGCGCUCUCCACCACCGGCACAUUACAUGGACCCAACUUAUUACGACAAUCCUAAUCCUCCACCUCCACCUCCACCUCAGGACUACACAAACUUACCCCCAGCACCUGCACGGUCACCUAUGCCACCUGUUGUCAAGCCUGCUCAGACGCAUUACACCAUCUCUGAAGACGCUAUAGGAGCUAGUAACAGAGAUAAGCUUGCUGCUAUUGACAAUGUACCUAUUAUGCCAAAUGGACCCAAUGCCGGUAUUAAUGGUUUCAACAACAACUUCGCACCACCUAUGCCACCAGCUCCUAUAUCACCAUUCCAGUACAGAGCUCCUGGAUCGACUCGAGGCUAUCGCAUCCCAACAUUUACCAAGGCCAACAAAGAUCAAGCAGAAGCACAGACAAAGCUUUCAGAGCCAAACGCCCUAAAUUUGGGUGCCACUGGGCUUCAGCAUGAACCUGAACCAUCAACUGUGGGGAAGACAAAUGAGGCUCAUGGGCUUUCUCAAAUACAGGAGGAGGAAUCUCAAGACUCUUCCGGUGUCGCUGGAGAGGAUAUUUCUCCCCAUCAGAUUCUCGUCGAUGAAAAUAUCUUGCAGGCGUUGAUGCAACGGGUUGGGGAGUUGGAAGAAGAAAACACCACCCUUCGACAGGAUGCGGACAACGCUUCGACUGUUACCGUGGAAUUGCCUGCCAAAGUGCAGCUUUUCUACUGCCUAGAAAGAAUCGAACUCGAUGACGACAGCGUCGACGAAAGAAGCCGGACAGUCUAUCUUUCUCCUCCUGAAUGGGUAGUGUUUGGCGACGACGUCGACCUCAGGGGGCGAUUCCCCAUCACGGACCCCGGUGACUACGCUGAAGAACAGGGUGCAUCACUCAUUGUUUACAAGUAUUACUCGGUGGACUACCAAUACGACUCGGUGAAUGCAGCCAAGAGAGCAAAGCAACCACUCCCCGAACCAGAACCGGCCAGUCAGGAUGUGGUUCUAGUGACGGAAGAAAUGGUUGAGGCAGUUGAGGCCUUAUUUGACCUCUUCCCUUCUUUCAGCGAUGACUUCCCAUAUGUCUACGAGAUGGGGAGUUUGAAGGACCCUCAUCUCUGGUGGUAUCAUUGCCGAACUAGCUUCAAGAUGGAGGCCUUGUCAGAGAGACAUGCUCAAUUAGUUGGACUUCUCAUUGAAUGGAUAGAAAGCAACUUUGCACCACUUUAUGACCAAAUCGACGAUCAGUUCAAGAGAGGGAAAGUCUCAAGCGACUCUGUUGAGUUCUUGAUACGUCCAGGAGACACACUCGUUGCAGACAAGAAUGGCAGGUAUAGUGGACGCGUUGCUACCACUCGACCAGCCCCUCACAAACAGAAAAAGAAGACGGACGAUUCAGAUAAGGACCAAGAGAAGCAGGGUUCACACACGUGGAUAGUGGAAACGCGUUCCUACGGAUACGCUGGGAAGUUCUUUGCAGUUGACAGGGAGCUCUUUAUUGACUUUCCACCCAAGUACAGAGGUGGGGAGAUUAACAUCACGGAUCUCAAUGUGAUACCGUUGUCAUACGCAAAGCCCAAGGUGAAAGAGAUAUUGCGACAACGAGGCAAGAGGUUUUGGAAGUUGCGCGAGAAAACUCUCAUCUCAUAUGAAGGCAGUGAUUCUGAUAGGAUACAGGCGGGACAACGGUUCAUGGUGGACUUUGACACCUACAAGGAACUCCAUCCAGGAAGCAGUUACAUGAGACAAGAAGGUUAUAUAUCAGGUCGAAAGCCUAACUUACCAAAGGAUGGAAGUGAACCUGAGGAGCCUGAGAUUUACCUGUUCCCGAAAUUGAUCCCAGGUUUUGACUUGCGGCGUAAGAAAUGGGUUGAUCUCGAGGUCGAUCGGAUUCGAGACGUCAGUUGGAAUAAAGAAGCCUUCAAAAGUCUUGUCGCAGACGAAGCUAUGAAGGAGCUUGUACUAGCUUUAGUAACCAACCAACUCGACGCCGAGAAGAACACAGACCUUAUCGAAAGCAAAGGCAGUGGUCUCAUCAUGCUUCUUCAUGGAUCUCCAGGAACAGGCAAGACAUUUACAGCUGAAUCUGUGGCCGAAAUCGCCAAGAAGCCUUUGUAUCCAGUUACGUGCGGUGAUAUUGGCACUGAGCCUGCAGACGUGGAGAAGUAUCUCGAAUCUGUGUUCCAUCUGGGAAAGGUUUGGGAUUGCGUUGUGCUUCUUGAUGAAGCAGAAGUCUUUCUUGAACAGCGCACUUUGCAAGAUUUGAAGAGGAAUGCUUUAGUGUCUGUGUUCCUCCGAGCUUUGGAGUACUACGAAGGCAUCCUCAUUUUGACAACCAAUCGCGUGGGGACAUUUGAUGAAGCCUUUAAGUCUCGUAUCCAACUGGCUCUACGGUACGAGAAGUUAAAGGACUACCAGCGAUUGCAAAUCUGGAAGAACUUCCUGGUGAGAUUGAAGAGCCUGGGCGAGGAAGAGAGCAUCGAUUUUGAUGAUAUUGAGUUGUAUCUGGAAGAGUUGGCGAAGUAUCCUAUGAAUGGACGACAAAUUCGUAACUCGAUCACGACGGGGCGACAGUUGGCUAAGUACAAGAGGAAGAAGAUGACGUUUGCGCAUUUGAAGAGGGCGAUUGAUGUUGCGGAUAAGUUUGAUAGGUAUUUGGCUGAUGUCCAGGAGGGUGAUAUGGAGGAGUUUAGUGGCAGGGGAGAGAAUGGGCGGUAUACGCCUGAGUAUCUUGCGAGAGCUGAUCAAAUACGAUGA